AAAAGGAUAUGGGAGUUGACGAAGUUAUAUCGUUUGAUAUGUCCAAAAGGCCAGGAGAGACCGUCCUAAUUAGAAAUUUAGAACUUACAAAGAACACUUCAUUCUGUUUUACAAAUUCAAAAAUUACAAAUAUCAUUUUAAUUCACUUAAACUUUUUAUGUGUAUACUAUUGUAAUACAACAGUGGAGAACAGGAAUUUAUUAAUAUUGUUAGCAAUCUUUCUUUGUUCGCACAUUGAGAUGCAUGACUUUUAGUCGUUUAACUUGCUGGCAAUGACGAAGAACAGGAAUCACAUCGGUAAAUUUCAUUGAUAACUUGAAACUCCUAUUAAUAUUCUCGAAUAAACCAAUUAGUAGUUUAACCAAGAUACUAAUCACACGUAACGCCACAGCACCGUGUGUCCUUUCAGUAGAAUAUUGGGAUGGUCCAAGUUGAUAUUUUUAACUAAAUAAGUUAACUACAUUUUCUUGUUAAGUGUAAUAACGUUACGUAUCGUAAUUUACUCUGUCGAUAAUUUGGAGUAUGAGUGUAAUCUCUUUUUGCCCACAUGGUCGACUCAUUUUAGGUAUUUGAUUCUAAUUGGCGGCAGUUAUUUAUAAAUCGUCUAUAGAAACUAAUCACUUUGGUAUUGAUACUUAUGUUUGUAUUUAUAUAUAUACAUAUAUAUAUAAAAAAUAAAACGUGAAAAUAACAUGAAUGAAAAAAACAUUUUUACGUUACUUCAUGUUUAUAUAUGAAAAUAUUGUAUAUUGACAUGUUAAAUGUUAUGCAACCUCUGAAUAAAGCUCGACCGCGUAGAAUUGAAUCCUUCAUCCUAAAUGCCAAAGAUACAAGUCAUGGAGAUAAACAUAUAAUCCAUAUAAUAUAAUCAAUAACUAUAUAUUUAUAUACUGCCGAUUAAGAUUCACGAAAGGCUAUAUAAAUGGGUAUAUGCAUACGCAAAAUCGUGUAUCAAACUCUUUCAUUUAUUUGAUCUCCUCUCAUUUCACACAUAUACAGAACUACAAAAUGGGAUUUUGUUUCUGUUUAUCCUCAGGAGGAUCAACAGAUGGAAACCAGAUUUAUGAGAUAAAAGAUUAUGGACAAGAAAAUGCAGUUUUACACUCUGAACAACACGAUCAUGUUCAUCAAGGCUUUGGCUCUGUCUCUUCUUUAGCUGGAGGAAAGGGCUACAAUCAAGAUGCUGCCGUUCUCCACCUGGGAUAUGGAACAGAAGGAGCGCUGUGUGGAGUGUUUGAUGGUCAUGGUGAGAAGGGUGAAUUGGUGAGCAAGAUAGUAAGAAACCAAUUGCCAUCUUUAUUGUCAGGUCAUAUGAAUAACCAUUCAGUGACUCGAGACUGGAAACUCAUUUUUGAAACUACGUUUUUGUUGAUGGACAAAAGAAUUCUUAAACUCAAAAACACCCUUGAUUGCUCUUCCUCUGGAACUACUGCUGUUCUCGCCGUUACACACGGAAAUCAAGUGAUGGUGGCAAAUCUAGGAGAUUCAAGGGCUGUGAUGAUUGGAACAAGUGAGAAUGGAGAAAUCAAGGUGGUUCAAUUAACCACAGACCUGAAGCCAAGUGUCCCUAGCGAAGCCGAGAGAAUAAGAAAACGCAACGGAAGGGUCUUGGCAUUAGAGUCAGAGCCACAUAUUCAAAGAGUAUGGCUUCCACAUGAAAACCGGCCCGGUCUAGCCAUGUCUAGGGCUUUGGGUGAUUUCGCUCUUAAAAGCUAUGGUGUCAUUGCGACUCCUCAAGUCUCUACGCAUCAAAUCACUUCUCGCGACCAGUUUUUGCUCCUUGCUUCCGAUGGGGUGUGGGAUGUACUUAGUAACGAAGAAGUGGCUGUGGUGGUGAUGAAGUCAGAGAAUGAGGCAGGAGCGGCCAACGCGGUGACAGAGGCGGCGGCUAAUGCAUGGAGACAGAAAUAUCCGACGGUUAAGGUUGAUGAUAUCUCUGUCGUAUGUCUCUUUCUCAACAAGAGGCUACAUCCGCAGCCACGUAUGUAAUCAAACAAACCAGCUAGCGAAAAACAAACAAAUAACGACUAAUCAAAGAGGGAUGCCACGAUUGCUUACGUACACUUCUGUGUUUUGCCUGUUAGUGUGAAUGUAUGCGUGUGUAUAUAUAUAUAUAAUAUUUGUAUGUUAAGUCGUGUGAUUAUUCAUUAGAAAAUAAAUGAUAGAUGAUGUUAGAAGUGGUGUGUGUCGUGGGAUAAACGUAACGAGGACUUUGACAUUUUGGACAGACGUCAUAGGAAUCUAUGUAUUGGAGCUUACCGGAAUAAUUCAAAUGUGCUUCCAGACUCUUAUGUCACUGCUGUAUAAAUUAAUGACAACAUUUAACGAAGAUAUUUUUGUAGCAGAAACAGCUGAAGAACAUAAACUGAGUUUCAGAACAUGAAUACUUUAUUAGACAUUGAGUAAAAAUGAUCUUGUCAUGAGAGCUUGAAGUAGCACUAUGCCACUAUAUAUUGAGAUCAACGACUACACUAAGCUUGGAGUUCUUUGCUCAGACAAACUGUUGUUUAUCAUUCUGUUAGUUUGUGAAAUUCAGCCGCCUUAAACUGAUUACUCUGCACGUACUUAAGAAUGCAUUUCUCAAAUAUUCGGACUGGAAUGUAUGUUUGUAUUGCUGUUUUGAUGAUGUGAAUAAUUGUGUCUAUGCUCUCUUUUCUUCUACACCAAUCCACAGUAUACAAAAAAAAAACACAUGUUACCAACGACGAAUUGACCUAUUAGCUAAAACUCUUAAACAUCUAGUUGGGAUCUAAUAAAUUAAUUUAACAUGAUUUGGUCUCUGUACUAGAGAUACAAGCUUUCGGACCCAAAACUUCCACAUAUUAAGACAAAAUCAGUGUUUUCAGUGUUUCCAAAACCGGAUUGGCCGGUCAAAUCAUAACUUGCUUAUCUAGCCGGUUUCAAAUUGUAUUAAUAACUAGAUAUGUAUUUCACCGUCAAAGCUGGAUCAAACUCGCUAAAACCAAUAACCCGAUUCAAUAUCAAAACCUGGGUUUUUUUAAACUAAGUGAAAAAUAAAACAAAAAUCAAAUUUAAAUAAUUUUAUAUGAAAUCAUGUUAAUUUGGAUAAUUGCCUAUUUAAAAUUAGUCAUGAUAUUUUAUAUUAGUAUUAUAAUUAUGAUAUUGAUAAAAAAAUAUUAUAUAAAUUAAUAUAUAAUUUUAUAUUUAUGCUUAAUUAUUAAAAAUCUGGUUAAACCAGUUGGACCGGUUCGACCAUUGACUCGGUCACAAUGCCGAGUCAUGCCAUUGGACAAAACAACGUUCAACAUAAGGAAUGCUAUGAGCUUGUGUGUUGUAGAACAAUGGACUGGCCCGGGUUUAAAAACGAUCACCGAUCGAAAUGGAUGGAUUGAGAUUAUAAAGUAUCACCAUGUUGUAGAGUAAUAGACUACGCGAGACUUGAUAAUGUAGAGCAAGCUUUGCUCUCUCCUAACCAGUUUUUU